GCGUCGGUCCCGUGCCCUGCCGAAGCCGUAGAGCUGGUCGGGGCGGGUAGCGGGACGCUCCGAGGACCCGCACGCCGGCUGCACCAUGGUCCACCUCACCACCCUCCUCUGCAAGGCCUACCACGGAGGCCACUUGACCAUCCGCCUUGCCCUGGGGGGCUGCACCAACCGGCCCUUCUACCGCAUUGUGGCUGCUCACAACAAGUGUCCCAGAGACGGCCGUUUCGUAGAGCAGUUGGGCUCCUAUGAUCCACUGCCCAACAGUCACGGAGAAAAACUCGUUGCCCUCAACCUGGACAGGAUCCGGUAUUGGAUUGGCUGUGGGGCCCAUCUCUCCAAGCCCAUGGAAAAGCUUCUGGGUCUUUCUGGUUUUUUCCCUCUGCAUCCCAUGAUGAUCACAAAUGCUGAGAGACUGCGAAGGAAACGGACACGUGAACUCCUCUUAGCUUCUCAGAAAACAGAUACAGAGGCUGCAGAAACAGAAGCAAGCUGACUUCGGUGAGCUCAACCAGAAUGGGGUCAAGGGUCUCUUAAAACACUCGUGCAGAAAUCUUAAUUUUGUUAUAUCUGGAGGUCAAUAAAUGGAGUUUUCUGUGUCA